AUGGGCGGCAUGCAUAUCCACCGAGAGAUUUUGUUUGACGACGGUAGCGUCUGGCUUGCCCGGAUCCUGCGCGAGAACCACACGUCGUUUGACGACCGGCUAAGCAACCAGAUUUUGCUAAGCGAGUGUGCCACGCUGCAAUGGCUGCAAAGCGUAGACGGCGUGCCUUCGCCUAGAGUGCACGGCUUCGGUCUGCGUGGUGAUCGUCAGAACAAUGAAGUGGGCGACGUGGCCUACAUGCUGAUCGAGAAGUUGCCCGGACGGCCAUUUGAUACGCAUAUAGCGACGAAAGGGCAGCGAAACAAGGUUCUUAGCCAAUGGUCAGCUGUGCAACGCAUAUGGUCAUUUCUGGCCGACAAGAUGACCAGGACCGAAGACGGUUCUUCCUGGCUGUCUGAUCGCGGCUAUAAUGGCUUGCACACUGGUCCCUUUUUCCUCAAGCAUUGCGACGAUAAGGGCGACCACCUGCUGGUGGAUGACGACUACCGCAUCACUGGGGUCAUCGACUGGACCUUUGCACGGGCAGUGCCCGCCUACGAAGCUUUUGGGCCCUCGCUCAUAUCGGCCGACAUGGACAGCCUCUACUCGGGGCGCUUGGGUCUCAGCGGUGCGGACAGGCUGCUAGGCAAGGAGAUGGCUAAUAGCAAUAUCAAGUUCUCUUGCUUCUUCAAAAGCGACAAGAUGCGGCGUUUCAUCUUUGGUUUGGGCAUGGGUCUUGGCAUUUCCAGAGAGGAAGUACAUAACCUGGCCAAGUGUCUGUUGAAGACUUUUGGACACGACGAAAUGCCAGACUGGAGCACGCUUCCUGCUCCCACUGCACGCUUUGCAACCUGUUCCGUCGGCGACUGCAACCGGCCUGGUGUUCGAGGACGCAGCUGUCCAACCUGCUGUCAACAUCUCUGUGCCGUUCACAUCCUCCCGCUACGACACACAUGCCCGUCGAGCAGAGACAUGGACGACGCCACCUGGGAAGCCAACCUCCAGGCCGAAAUCGACUCUCUCCUAGCGCAGGUGAAUGUCGCUGCACUCGAGCAACGGGCCAGUCAUCUCCGCGGUGGCAUGACCUGCACCUUCAUUCCAGGUAGUCGCCACUCUGGCGCUGGCGACGAAAACGCUCUCCUCAUGGGCUGUGCCAACUAUCAUGCACGCCUCCGCUUUGCCGACGGCGUCGAGUGGCUUGCUCGUAUACCGCGGACAACAGGCUUUGGUGACGUGCCCCUUCCAUUGGUCGACUACUUGAUCAGGAGCGAGUUCGCAACGCUGCACUUUCUUGAGACGAUCGGUCACGUGCCUGCUCCCCGAGCCUAUGACUACGGGCUCUUCGGCGACCCUGCCAAUACCAUUGGUGUCGGUUACAUUCUAGAAGAUGCCAUUCCGGGACAGCCUUUUUAUGCGAGCGAAGCGACGGCAGAGCAGAAGGCACAUGUCUAUGCUCAAUAUGCUGAGAUCUUGGCUCUUCUCAGCAAACAUCCACAGCCACAGGCAUGCUCUCUCGUUCCCAACGACGAUGGUAAACGGGGCGUGGAAUGUGGUCCAAUUGCGAGUGAUCGGUUUCUGACUCUCGGGGAAUACGGACCAUUCGAUAACUCGCUAGCCUACUUCUCGUCGACAGCUGACCUCCGUCUCGACCUGAUUGCCGACGGGCAGUUAUUUCCAAAAUACCCCAAGGAGGCAUUUGUAUUCUACCGUCUGUUACGUGAUCGGAUAGGACCAGUUCUUGCUUCUGAAACGUCUCCUUUGCCGCUGGGGUCCUUCUUUCUCAAACAUGUUGACGACAAGGGUGACCAUGUGCUAGUCGACGACAACUAUAAUAUUACCGCCGUGAUCGACUGGCAAUUUGCUCGCUUCGUCCCAGCCUGUGAGGCCUUUGGGCCAAGCCUGUUCACGGCAGAUCUGGGUUGUCUAUAUGGCGGCGAGGCUGGCCUGAGCGCAGACGAUGGUCUUUUUGCGGCCAGCUUUGCCAAGGCGGGACACCCCAAACUUGCCAAGAUUGCGGGAGAGAAUGAUUUGGCGAGGCGCUUCCACUUGGGGCUUGCGUCUGGAAUGUCGAGGCAAGACGUUUUGAGACUGACGGAAGCGGUGCUGUCACUACUUGGAGAGUCUGUCAACGAUGUUGAAGAAUGGAUAGAGCAGGAAUGGCAUGUCUUGGCAGAUACACGACGUGACAAGGCGGAAGCAUUGACAAGAGACCAGAAUACAGAGUAG